GUCAAGUUGAUGACCUUCACACAUACAAGUUGACGAGCACAGAUACUAAGGAAGAUUCGCUACCGUUAGUCGUCUAACAGUGAACAUGAAAUCGUUGGUGUUGUAUGUAUUUCUAGCUGUGGCAGCGGCCGCCCCUCAGGAUAUACAGCUUAUUAAAUAUAAUGUAAACAACGAUGGACUUGGCGCUUAUCAUUUUGACUUCGAACAAAGCAAUGGUAUAAGGUACGAACAAACUGGAGAACUCCGUAAUCCAGGAUCUAAGACCGAAUUCGUAGCAGUAAAAGGUUCUUACGCCUGGACCGCUCCUAAUGGUGACGCGUUCAUUAUUGAUUACGUAGCUGAUGAAAAUGGCUUCCAACCAACUAUAGCACAGGGUGUUGCGGAUUCUGUAUCCCCUGAAGUAGUAGCGCAUCUGCUCGGUUAAUUCAAAUUCAAUUCGUAAAAUAAAUCUGUUUUUGU